AUGUCAUCUUCCGUCUUUUCUGAAACACUUCAAGCUAUCACCACCACCAAGCUCAGGGAGCUGUCCAAAAAGCGUGUCAUCUUCGAAGAUUCAAAGUCAACUCUCAUAUCCGCUGCCAAACUUGAGCAGAACCAGCAGCAGCGUCUCCGUAUCCUUGUCGACGGCGUGAAGCAAUGCUUCGCUGUGAAAACAGCCAAUCGGCGUGGGAGAUCCGGUCGCAUUAUCUGCGGCGGCAGCAAUGAUCCGGACCUCGAAGUAAUGCUCAAGAAUCUGGAGCGUUUCUUGGAGCAAGCACGAUUCGAUCCCACGGUCUCACCAAAGUUAUUGGGCGACUGGGAGGAGUCCCUUUUGAAGAAAUUGAACAUCCAAUCCCUGAGGUUCCAAUAUGCGACUCUGUAUGGAGAGCUAGUCAAUGAGUGGCUCCGAGCAGAAAAGGUCGUGCCUGCUGAUGACGCCUCCACGGCCUCAGAAAGCUUCGAAAAGAUCAAUCGAGCAGAGAGAGAUGAGUCACGUGCCAAUUGGGAGAAAUUGGUAUUCGAGCCCUUGGAGACAGACCCAAAAGCCAUUUCAGAGUAUCUCCAGGUCUUGUUCGGCAUGGAUGGCGGAACACCACAGUCAUUGAAAGCACUCAAGGCUCUGCGCAAGAGUGUGGAGGAUUUCGAGACCUCGCUUUCGACCCCCGGCCAGUUCAACGACGAGGUGCUUCGAUGGACUAUUAACGGCCUUGUGGGUUCUGGCCUUCUGUCUGACGAAAAGCGCGCAGUGCUGAAAGAUUUCCUGGCGAGUUCGGUCAUCUUGGCUGAGGUUGCAGAUGUUUUGAACAUGCGUAUUGCGGCCAUCUCGACAUGGUCUUGGGAGGGGGAGGUCCCCGUUGAACAGAGAAGACAUGUGACCGGAGCCUAUCAUGUAUAUAUCGACGAGGAACUUCUCCAAGCAAUCUUCCUCCAAUUCAUCGGCGUAAAAUGGUCGGUUUUCUUCAAAGAAGCCUUCACCAAUUUCUCCAAUUACGAAGGUGCCUGGGCUUCUCUUCGCACCCCUCUUUCUAAUAAUGAUAUCGGCGUGAAGCGGAGAGAAUAUUUCCUGGGACACCAGCGGAAGAAGCCCAGUGUUCAGGGCAAGCGCCAAGAAAUCUACAAGUCGAUUUUCUUCAUGUCUCAGCUGCCAAACUCACCGUUUGAGGGAAGCACCGCCGUUGAAGGGGAGGAAGAGGUCGAAUACGCCAGGCCGAAGAUACGCAGCAAGCGAGUUACUUCAUCUCGACAGGACCAGUUUACGGACUUCGACUUCGACACCUUCGACAUGCAGCCACAAUUCCCCGCGAUGCCUGUCCAAAGUGCAAUGCCACAACAACACCUGCAGCAACAAAAUGGGAUGCAACAACAGCCGGUGUCAAUGCAAAUAGCGCCGCAAAUGCCGCCGCCCCCACCGGCUGGAUAUCCAGGCAAUGGGGUGUAUUAUCGCAAGGCUUCCUCUCACCAGUCAAUUCUCAUUCCAUUUAACAGCGACGAGUAUGACACAGUGCCCGACAACCAAAAACCAAAAACCAAGAUGGAGACAAAGCAAUACCUUCUACAUCUCCUGUCGACCGAGCUUUUAAUCAACACUCGCCUCCACGGAGAUUUCACUUGCUCUCGGUCAGAAUUCUACUCCUGGAGCCCCUCCCUCCCACACUCAACCAUUACUUCCAUCCUAACUUUCUUCGGGCUCUCCAAAAAGUGGCUUGGCUUUUUCCGUGCCUUCCUCGAAGCCCCUCUUAAGUUCACUGAAGAUGGUCCAUCAGCCGAGACUCGACCCCGAAAAAGAGGUGUCCCUGGUGCACACGCACUCUCGUCUGUCUGCGGAGAAACUAUCCUCUUCUGCAUGGACUACGCUGUCAAUCAAGCCACCAACGGCACAAAUUUGUAUCGCAUGAACGAUGACUUCUGGGUCUUCGACAAGAACCACGAGACAGUCGUGAAAGCAUGGGCUGCGAUUACGAGGUUUGCAGACACGAUGGGCGUUACUUUGAACAACGGGAAAACUGGCACAGUACGUAUCCUUCAUGAGCCAGGAUCACCAAGCACAGGCAACCCCUUCCGCACCUCUCCCUCAACCUCUCAAGCCUCUGCCGGAGUCCCCGCAUCCAUCGACCCGUCGCUCCCAGCAGGAGAAAUCCGGUGGGGUUUCCUAAUCAUGGACCCUCUCUCUGGCCAAUUCGUCAUCGACCAAGACAUGGUCUCCACCCACGUCGCCGAACUGCAAGCACAACUCUCCUCCAAAUCUACCUCCAUAUUCUCCUAUAUCCAAGCCUGGAACACCUACGCUGGCACCUUCUUUUCGUCCAACUUCGGGAAGCCCGCGAACUGCUUUGGACGCCAGCACGUCGACGAGAUGCUCUCGACUUUCACCCGGAUCCAGGAUAUCAUCUUCCCCUCUUCCAACGUCGUCCAACACCUGAAACGAGAAAUCGAGACCCGCUUCGGCAUAACAGAUAUCCCAGACGGCUACCUCUACUUCCCAACCUCUCUCGGUGGCCUCGAUCUCCAGAAUCCAUUCAUAGGCUUAAUCCAAGUGCGCGACGGCGUCUUCGAGUCGCCGUCUUCCAUCCUCUCUGACUUCCUAGACAGCGAGCGAGAGGCCUACCGUCAGGCCAGCAUAUCAUUUAACAACGGCCUCGUCUCUCGCUAUUCAAACUUCGACCCCAACUUCAUCCCCCAUGAUGGUAAUGUCUUCUUCAGCUUCGAAGAAUUCGCUAGAUACAGAGAAGAAUUCGCGUGUGAUUAUACUGGGAAUUUGUUGAGUGUUUUCGGGGACUUGAUGGGUCGACCGGAGAAAGAGGGGAUCGAUGUUAUGGGGGAUGAGGUGGCGAAGAUUGAGGGGUUAGUGAGGGAGUGGAUAAAGGGUGGCAAAGCUACAGAUGCGGGUUAUCUGAAGUGGGUUGUUAAAUUGUUUGGGGAAGAGAUGAGGGAGAGGUUUGGGGGGUGGAAUGUGGUAGAGAAAGGGCUGUUGCCGAUGGGGAUGGUGGAGUUGUUUAGAAGUGGGAGGGUGAAGUGGCAGGGCUAG